AUGUCAGACAGAAAGAGCUCGAGCCCACCUCGCCAUAGCGUCCCAAGUGGUGGACCUGGCAAGAAACCUUCUAACUCAAACCUACCUCGCCAUAGUGCCCAAGGUAGAUCUGACAAAAAGAAUCUUAGCUCAAGCUCAUCUCAUCAUGGCGUUCCACAGAGUGGUGGAUCUAGCGAGAGACGUUCUACUCCGAGCCCGCAUCGCCAUGCCGCCCAAAGUGGUGGCACUGAGGAAAGACGUCCUAGCUCAAGCCUAUCUCGCCGUAGCGUUCCGCCGGGUAGUGGAUCUAGUGAGAAACGUUCCACUCCGAGCCCGCAUCGCCAUGCCGCCCAAAGCAGUGGCACCGGCGAAAGGCGUCCUAGCUCCAAUGCGAGUUCGACUUGCCGUAGCGCUCCGUCGGGUGGUGGGUCUAGCGAGAAACGUUCCGCUCCGAGUCCGCAUCGCCAUGCCGCCCAAAGUAGUGGCGCUGGCGAAAGACGUCCUAGCUCGAGUUCACCUCGCCAGAGCGUCCCAGGUGGGGAAGCUAGCGGAAAAGAUCUCAGUUUUCGGGCAAAAAAUGAAGAAGCUUGUCAAAACCGAACGCAGCCGCUUUAUCGCUCUUCUAAAGGAACAAAAGCUAAAGAUUAUUUCGACCUUGGCGGACUAAAGGACAUCAUAACAGAUGCAUCAGGAGACUUUAAUAAAGCAGGAGAGGAUGCUGCAUAUUUUGCAACCGACCCUAGAUACGCCGAAAAACUUGCCAAAAAAGAAAAAAUGGUUAUAAAGCAAACUGUCCCUCAAACUUGGCUCCGAAGUGGGGAUGCAGUAGUGUAUGAUGAACAGCCGAAUGAUGAUUGGCGACAGAGAGUCCACGCAGACCGUCGUAGUGAGCCCCUUGCCGGACCCUCAAGAAAGACUCAGAAAGCCGAUAUAACAAUUGGUCCUAUUGCCGAUACUCAUACUUCGCAUUUUACUAAGAAUGACAAAGUACCUUCCUCUGAAGUUUUCAAGCCUGCAAAAGACCCGGAAGGAAACUACUACCAGCAGGUUGCAGUUAAGGGGGAAAAGUUGAAGGAAAUUGGAAAAUACCCACGGGAAGUAUAUAACCCCCGUCAUACUUCUGAAGCAAAGCGCAACGCGAGCGAAAAGGGGGGAAUUUAG